AUGACCGCGUCUCCCUCUUCUAGCAAAGCCUCCAACCAUGGCAGCGCUGCGACUAGCAAGAAGGCCCCGGCAGUGAAGGGCCCCAUUUACAAGCCUGACAGCGGUAAUGUAGUCUUGGUUCGCCGGGCCAAGAGGAAAAAUGAAGGCCUGAUGAAGAGGAUGGCCAAAUGGCUGGUCGACAAUCAGAUCAACUUCUCCUUUAACCUCCUCGCCGUCCUGUUCCUUGUCCAUGGCUCAGGGCGCGUCCGCGAACACACCGACAAGUACUUCAACCUCUCCUACUACAAUCCUCACACUGGGAAGUAUGGUAUAGGCGUUGACGAUGGCUAUCCCAUACUCUUCUGCAUUAUCCUCUUUACUCUUUUGCGCGCCGCCACUAUGGAUUACGUUCUGGCGCCCUUCGCGAGGUCGCAGGGCAUCUCCAAGAAGAAGGCGGUCACCAGGUUCAGCGAGCAGGCCUGGCUCAUGAUCUACUAUGGCGUCUUCUGGCCGCUGGGAGUGUACAUCUACCGUCACUCGCCAGCUUACCUCAAUCUACGCGAGCUGUGGACUGGUUGGCCGGACCGCGAGCUCGACGGUAUUAUGAAGCGCUACAUGCUUGCCCAGCUUGCCUUCUGGCUGCAGCAGCUCAUUGUUAUCAACAUUGAGGAGCGCCGGAAGGAUCACUGGCAGAUGUUUACCCAUCACAUCGUCACGAGCACUCUUAUCUAUGCCUCGUACCGCUAUGGCCACACCCGUGUGGGCAACCUCAUCCUGGUGCUCAUGGAUGUGGUUGACAUUUUCUUGCCGGCAGCCAAGUGCCUCAAGUACCUCGGCUACAACAAGCUCUGCGACGUGAUGUUCGGCAUCUUCAUGGUCUCGUGGCUCAUCGCGCGCCACAUCCUGUACGUGAUGGUGUGCUACUCAGUGUGGGCACACACCCCCAAGAUCAUGCCCACAGGUUGCUUCAAGGGCCCUGCCCACGCACUGGUCGGCCCGCUCGAGCCGCCCGCCAACAAGGGCAUCUUCUACCUGUUGGACCCGCUCUGGGACUCCGAUGCCUUGGUCUGCUACAACAAGACCGUCAAAUGGUCCUUCCUCUCGUUGCUCCUUAUCCUCCAGGCCCUGACCAUCAUGUGGUUCUCGCUCAUUAUCCGCGUCGCGAUCAAGGUCUUGCGCGGUGACGGUGCUGAGGACUCGCGCAGUGAUGAUGAGGGCGGUGAAGAGGAGGAGGGGAACGAGGACGAGGAGGAGGAGGAGGAGUUUGUCUAUGAGGAGGCUCAGCCGCUCGAGGAGGAAGUUGGCGUCGAGGAGAUCGACCUCAAGAAUUGGGAGCGCAGGACGGGUGCGAAAAAGAGGACCGGCGUUGUCGCGUCCACUACGGCCGUCAGCAUCCCCGGUCAUAGUGAUCGGAAGGAGUUGUUGGGGAGGAUUGGUUGCGAAAAACAGGUCACGACUGACUAA